AUGGAAAGCCCUUUCGGCGAUCGUUUAACAGGCACAGGGGGCGUCGUAGGAGAGUCCGACGGGCUUGGCUAUGCUAUAAGGGGCGUCUUCCGCCGCCAGCACCCAGCGACGGCCAACUCGAGCCUGCCAAGCAAAGGUUUAACGGAUGCCGAAGGCGGCUCUUCUGGAGCAGCAAAUCUCGACUGCGCCGGUGACCACGAGGAGUUCAGAGCUCGCCCUUGGCAGAUUUCAGCUUACUCUCAAAAGGGGGGCCCGCUGUGCACAGCUUACGCAAACUGUUUGGAGUACAUGGAGGAGGACGUAAUUGCUGCUCUGAUUCACCACCCUCUACCGAAUGAGGGACUCUCCUUGAUAUAUAGGAGCUGCUGUUCCCUACCUCUACCAGUGGAGCCGACUCUAGAACCCAGUGCAGACGUACUAGGAUAUGUAUAUCCUGGGACGUUCUUCAAGGUCUUCAAGCGGGAGCCGAGUAACCGCUUUGAGUGCGUUGCUUUUCGCCUGCCUGACAAUGCUGAUGUCUUGCCUCAGGUGCUUGACAUGAGAGCUUACGCUGCACAGACGUCUCAUCUGCUGCGCCUGAAGACAACUGAGGGUUGGUUAACGGGGGCAUCCCUGCACAUGAUCCGACUAACGCAGCCUGCUCGUGUUUCUGUUUGGAGGACUGCACAAGAUGAGGUUGGAGCCUCCAAGUUUAGGCAUCGUGUAGCUGGCUUCGCGAAAGUUUCCGCUGCAGUUGCAAAUCGGCAACCAGCUUGGGACCCUACGUCCAGCCAAGCGCGUGUCAAGGGCAGCUCCGCUCCGGAUAGCACUCACCUAGCGGUUGAUGGGGAUGCAGAAAAAGAUGGAUUAGUAGAACUUGAAGAUGCCCUGUCGACCGGUUGGGGAUCUGUUUACGCUUGUCGUGCCACCCGCUUUCUCAGUUUUCAGGAGUGUGCUAGGCUGGCGGAGGAGCGCACGAGCUACAAUAGCCUAGGAAAGCUAGUGCCGGCCUCAUCCAUGCACAAUCUUGAGGCAGCUCUACAAGAGGCUACCAAGUCUCACCUUUCGAAUGCCGGCAGCUUGCGCGUGGUGUCCGCUUCAUGCUUCAACAGAACGCAAAGCAUGAACUCCGAUUCUAGCAGAAUAGUCACUCGAAGCAGCAUUCGCGUUGGAGGCCUGAACCCACUGGAGCAUUCCUUCAUGCUAUAUCGCGUUGUGGGUGGUCGUGCUAUCCCUGGCUUGGCGAGAGCGAUAAGCUUCAUGCGAUGCCCGUUGCUCGCCUAUGCGCGAGUGGACGAGUGCGAGGUUGCGUAUGAGCGUCCAGUUCUCUACGAAAUAGUCGCGGAUGGUUACUUGGUAAAUGUGAGGCCUGCACUUGAGAUUGAGGGGCAGGUCCGCCGCACUCUGCCCCCAGCUACUCUAGUUGAAGUAUACGAAAGGAAAAUUAACGCAGAGGGGCUUGUGAGGCUGAGCAGUGACCAUCGCGUCAGCACAGCAGCGGCCUCUUGGGUAGCGGCGAAUGCCGCGCAGUCCGCCAUUGCCUCCUCAGCCUUAAUGGAAGCAGUGGACACAGCCCUGGACCCCGAGGAGGGGAAGAUGACAGAAGCAACACUUUCGCUUCAGUGGGCUCAGGAGGGGGCUCAGCCACUGCUCCUGCGCAUAUGCGGGUUUAGCAUGGGUCGGAGUUUAAAUUAUGAGAACGCCAGAGCAGUACUUUCUCCUUCGGAUAUCCUCUACCAGUUCUGCGUCGCGGCGGUAUACUCUUCACUUGCAGAGCACAGAGAAUCUGUACCACCCUACACGGUGUACCGCCCGCCCGUUGGCAGCUUCGUUUCUCCAUCGAAUUAUGCGCCGAUAUCCGUCGGGGCGUCACAGCAGCAAGCCUUGCUGCAAUCCUAUAGGCCAUAUCUGGUGAUGAAGGAUGGAAAGCUGACACUGGGCAGCCCUAACCGGUUCAGUAGCUUUUCCUUCCACCAGCCACCCAUUUUUGUGAUCCACAAAGUUGAAAGAAUUUGCAAUGGACUUUUGGUACGGCGUUACCUUCACGAAAGAAGCAUGCUUUUGUUGAUGAAUGUGAACGGCGGCUGCAGCCUGGAUGAGGCCAUUCCCAAUCCUAUUCUGAAGGUUCGAGUGCAUCCAACCCAGGCCAAUUUGAACGAGUAUUUUCUCUUCCAUGGAUGCACCGAAGAACGUGCAGGAUUGAUAGCUCUCUCUGGGUUUGAUUUUCGCAGAGGAGGAGAGAAUGGAGGAAAGCUGUUUGGCAUAGGCACAUACUUUUCUCCUCAUGCAAGUAAAGCGGACCUGUAUACGCGCCCCAACGACUUUUCGGCGAAGGCAGCUGGACUGUCGCCACUUUCGGCCGUCACAUUUCGCAUCUCUUUGCCAACUCUGCCGUUCCUUCCUGCUCGCAUUACCCAGCCACAACCAGUAGGAGUGUCCACAGCUUCUGCUCUACUCACGAGCAUGCCAAAUAAUUUGGGUACUGGGGGAACCUCGGGGGGGACGGUUCGUCGUAAUGCCAUCAAAACCUGUGGUAAUCUUCGAUUUGGCAAAGGCGGUUGGCUGGCCUCGGGGAGGGGAAGCGCGAACGCUGCGCGUUCUGCGGCAGUCAGCUCUGCACCUCUGAUCACUCCAGAUGCGGCUUCAAAGAAAGACAAGGAGAGGGGACGCUUCCGAGCAGUAUGCGCAAAACUUACCAGGCAAGGCAGCGGGGCUAACGCAACUCGGUCGAAGGAGUCCUCGGCAUCUGCUCAGGCAUUAAAUAGCCAAAAACAUUCAACUUCGUUGCCGGCGAGCUUGCAGCAGCGGCUUGACACAAAGACGCAGCAGGCUGGAGCGAAGGGACUUCAAUCAAGCGCAGUAUCGUCCCCCCCGCAGCCUAUCAUGCGUUGCUUGCUGCUGGCACGGGUCUGUCUGGGCGAAGUAUAUAAGGCUCUUUCUCCGAUGCCGGAUGCGCGCAUGCCCCCCAACAAGCCGAAUUCCGCAACAGCAAAGCUAGCGUAUGACUCAGUGAUGGCGGAAUGCCGCACACGAGGUGGUGUCGUGGACGGAGUUGAGUUUGUAGUUUUCGAAAGGGCUCAGGCUUUGCCAGAAUUCGUCAUAACGUAUUCGCACGCCGCACAUUGCCAAUGCGCCGAAUGCCAUCGGCAGGGUCUCCAAUAG